AUGGACGCAAUAGAUCUGGAAAAGGAUGUGGGUGCACCUGAACUUGUGUUUUACACCCUAAACCUGGAUGAAUAUGGAUCUCAGGGGAACUGUAACUCCAGCCCAAACAGCAGCAAGUGUUGCCGGGAAGAGCAUUUCAUCAAUUUCCGUGAGCUGACCUGGACUCAGUACUGGAUCAUUGAGCCGGCCGGGUACCAGGCCUUCAUAUGUGCCGGAGGAUGCAAGCAGCCCAAGCGUGGUUACUAUGGAUACGGGCAGAGGACCUGUGCAGUGAUGGAGAGCGCGCCGCUGCCCAUGAUGUACCUGGUGAAAAAGGGAGAUUACACUGAAAUCGAGGUGGCAGAGUUCCCCAAUAUGAUUGUUGAGAAGUGUGGCUGCUCAAUGGACAAAAUCCCUCCAGUCUAA